AAACGUUGGUAGCGAUGGUGAGUGGAGAGUGGAGACUGAGUCUGCCUUCCGUUUAGAGUUUUCACGAUUCUCUUCUCUCUCUCUCUCUCCCUAAAAAUAACAACAAAUCUCUGUGUGCACGUCUUCUUUCUCUUCCUCCAUCUGUGUGAUCUCUUGUUAUCGGAUUUCAAUUCUAUCAGAAGAAGAACAGAAGCAGACCAAUCCUUCUUUCUCACCAUGGAUCCGCUUACUUCUUGGGACUCCUUGAGGAAACAGGCGAGAAACAUUGAAGCACAGUUGGAUGAACAAAUGCAUGCUUAUCGUAAAUUAGUAUCCACAAAAGCUGAUGAUACAUUGGAUAACGAUCUUGAGCCUACGAUAAAUCAGUUAUUGCAACAACUUCAACAAGUAAUAUCGCAGAUGAAUUCUUGGGUGUCAUCGGGAGGUUCUGAAGUAUUAUCUCACACAUUGACUCGUCAUCAAGAGAUUCUUCAAGAUCUUAGGCAGGAAUUUAAUCGACUCCGAUCUAGUCUUCGAGCAAAGAAGGAGCAUGCUUCGUUGCUGGACGAUUUCAGGGAGUUUGAUUGGACGGGAUUAGAUCUGGAAGACAAUGGUGGAUCAUAUGAGCAGCAGAGUCUUCUUAAGGAACAUGCAAACAUCAGUAGAAGCACAGGACAGAUGGAUUCUGUGAUUUCACAAGCUCAUGAAACAAUGAAAACACUUGUGUAUCAACGUUCAACAUUUGGAGGCAUCAAUUCAAAGCUCAGCAAUGUCAGUAGCCGCCUCCCAACGGUGAAUAACAUUAUUUCUUCUAUAAAAAAGAAGAAGUCCAUGGAUACCAUUAUCCUGUCUUUGAUAGCUUCAGUCUGCACCUUCCUCAUAUUGAUUUAUUGGUUAACCAAAUAGGAAAAUGCCCCACUACCCCUUAUUAUUGCUGCUGUAAAUAUCCAGUUGGGUUGGCUAGCUUGUUUGUGUACACAUGGCUCUACUCGACUCGACCUGAGACUUGAUCAUUGCUAUAUUCUACCGACUGCUUAAACAUGGAAAACAUUUUUUAUUAUAUUUCCAUAAUCGUAUGACUAUUUUGGGUAAUAUAUAUCAGAAUCUUGAUGUGGUGUCAUUUUAUUUGCCACAUGA